CCAAACUGUCUCAUCGUCAACCAUCCAUGCCAUGCGAUGAAGAUCUGACGACGACGACGACGAAUUUUGUUUUGCAUCAUCGGUCGUCACCAUUACUGGUUAUUAACUGUCGGCCCAAAAACAGCAAACUUAAAAAAAACAUUCGACUACAUUACACAGUUAAUCUACAAACUUGGUAAUCCGGUGUGCACAGAGUUCACGAUCCGCUUCCAAGUUCACUCCGUUUUCAAUCCAAUUUGACAGUCAUCCAAGAUGAACAACCCGAAAGGGAACAAUGUGCACUCUAAACAGCUUGAUUUCAAAACGAUAUGUUUGAGUUUCUACCUGGUAAUAAUGAUGAUGGAGAUCGGGCCGUGUAAGAGUGAUGAAAACUUCACAAGCAUCAUUAGCGGCAACGGCGUUUCCAAAACAGUCCAAACGUUUCCAAUAACCGACUUAUGGGCGUUCGACGGAAUUCCGAAUGCCGUUUAUCACAAAAUCCGUAAAAACUGCUCGAAAGUCAAUCACUUCAUAGUAGACAUGAGCUUCAACGACACCAAAUUAUAUAAACCCCCGCCAUUGAUCGCCGCCUUGGCUGGAAUGUCGAAUAAAAAAGGACGUGGAAGAUUGAAGGGCACACACAUCUGGAUGAAUUUAACGCAACCGUUGAAGUUAAUAUUGUGUGAUGACAACAUCGAUAUGUUAGAAUGGGCCAAAUCCAGUGUAUUGGCUAAUAAGUCGUCUCUGCCAUUGAAUAUAGACUUCAGCAUCACUUAUACCGGCAAGAGAAAAACUCAACUCAUAAAAUCAGUUGCAUUAGAAUUUGCAAGUGUAUUAGUAAUAAUAUUCAACAAUUCACCACCAGAAUGUUUAUUAGUUGACGAUUCAAAUCAUAAACUUUUUUGGAGUGAUAGUAAAUAUGGCUCAAUCGAAGCAUAUGAUCCUAAAAAAAAAACCGUUGAUCAUUUGGUAAGCUUAAUGACCACGCCUAGAUCAAUGGUCAUCGAUUCAACUCUCGAAUUACUGUUUUGGUGUAACACUGAGUCCGUAGGUAGUAUCGAACGCAUCAACUUCGAUGGGGACAACAGGAUGGAAAUUACUACAGGAAAAUACGAUUUGAUUUAUCCGGACAAAUUGGGAAUAGAUCACACCAACAAGAUGUUAUACUGGAUGACGGACAAAGUCAUCCACACAUCCGACUACAACGGAAAUUCUCACAAAAUCAUAAAGAAAAGUGCAUUUUACGAUCCGAAUAUUCCCAGGUGCAUCUCUUUUACCAAAGCUACUGAAUACAAUUUUUUUUGGGAAAAGCCGCGGGUGCCAAAUCACAAUCGGUCUUUCGCGCCUCAUUUACUGUCGAUCUCGUACCAAAAAAGUGGUGAACCGUCUAAAAAUACGAAAUUCCCCUCGGAGUUCAUUUUCCUGGAAUUGAAAAUAAAUAACUAUAGCACCUCGCACAUGUGUCAGAAGAUCUCGUCGGGCUAUUACUGCUUCCUCCCGCCUGUACCGUUAAACAGGUUUCCGAACGUCAAGGUCAAUCGCAUGCUGAGCAUGGCCGGAUACAAACCGAUGAAGCUGAAUCAACUGAGCAAAUUCCACCCAAAACACGAAAAAUUGCUGUUAAAUGUCAAUUCGUUCUACUUCAACUCGAAAUCCCGCAAUGUGUUUUACUAUGACGCGGAGACGAAAAACAUUCGAUUUAUUUCUUAUUUAGAAGAACAUCCUAUAGAUAUUGUUAAAAAUAUCAUUUCUCCGAUCAACGGCUUCUCGUACGAUGGUAUAAAUAACGUCAUGUACUUCAUAAACGCAUCGGAAAAUAGUAUAAUAAUGACUGAAUUGGAGGAAAACAACUACCCUAAGAAAAUGGUAACUACGAUGAAGGACACAAAUGAGACUAUUUUAGUGGCAUUGACUUUUGAUACAGUACAAAACAGGUUGCUGGUUUUUGCAAGCCAGUAUUCGAAACACAAUGCUACGUAUAAUGCAUAUUAUAAUGAGUACGUGGCUGUAUGUUUUAUUAGAAAUUUAAAUAUUAUGUCUUUACCAGAUCUCAUUGUAAUCAAUUCAAAAACGAAUAUAAUUUUAUUAAUAAACACUACUGAUAUGUCGGUCGAAUUUUAUAAAAGUAAUAACACCGAUACGUCAAUCAUUGCAUACUUUACGAAUUCAACGGCCUAUCAAAACAAUGCUCAACCUCAAACUUUAUCAUUACGGCGACAAAUCCUCACAACUGUACUCAAUAUUUUUAUGAGUUAUUUUACGGUACAUUUCGCAUGCUUCAAUUAUUUAAUAUUUUUUUAAGAAGAAUUUUUCAUUUUAUACUUACAACUUCCAAUACCCAUCACAAUAUGCAGAUAAAGUAUACAUUUUAAUCUACACAAAUGAUCACUACACGAUUUACUUAAACGCACAAUCGCCAUUCAAUCAAGACGUGAAAAAAAUCCAUUCAUCCAUUUCUACAACACAGAGUCCGAAUUCAAGAUGUACUGCUGCAACGCUUAAACUUAAUCUAAUAAUACUCACCGUCGUGCUACUGCAGGUCUGCAGCUGAUGUCACCGACCAAAGUCGAUUGGUUCCGUACUAGAACACUACUAAUAAUAUUCAUACCGCGCUGACUGCUUAAAGUCGCAAAACAUACGUAAUUUCAACGGUGAAACUAUGGGUGGAGGUGUGUACCCGAAUCCGUACCCGUCCCCCUUUGAACCCUAUUCGAGUGUCCACAUCAAGUGAUACAUUUCAUUUGCAUUAAUGUACAUUUUAAUAAUUACCCAACAUUAAUAUCCCUUUUUUUAGAUUGCGCUACUGUAACAUAGUCUGUGUACAUUUUACGUGCACGUACACACAUAUGUAUCGUGUUACCGAUAUUUAUAUUAUAUUUCCUAGGAGUUUUAUAAAAUAUCAGGUUUCGAAAACAAACGUUAAGCUGUUGAUAAACCGUUAAAAUAUAUUAUCAAAAGUGUUUUAAUAGGUUUACCAACCACUCAACGACACUCACA